AUGUCCAAUAUUAUUCACAAAGUAUCCGAAAAGCUUACCGGCCACGGUCACAACGACGAUGAGCGCGAUGACCAAGGCAACACGUUGAGUAGCGAACAGCAGCAGUUCCGUGACGACGAUUCCAUGCCAAUGCCCUCCCAGCACGUUGGUGCUUCUGACACCACUUCGUCCUCGCACCAGAUGCAGAGCAAGCGUGGCGGGUACCAGCAGCAAGAAAGCAAUCUUGGUGGAGACGCUGCCCGCUUUUCCAGCAACCGCAGCGAUCCAGGACAACAACAACAACAGAUGCCAGGACCAAUGAUGGGUGGCCAGAACGUGGACAACGAAGCGUGGGAUGAAGACGACGACGAGACGGGAAACCAAGCUGGUCAAGGCAACCGCGGUAAGGGUAUGCGCAAGAACGACGACUACGCCGAUGAGUUCCAGAAGCGCUACUGGUAA